CCGCUAGUUACCGCCAGCGAUAACUCCAUUCGUUUGUGUGGACUAGUGAUCCGUUUCUUUACUGCUAGGAAACACGCUGCGCUAAAUGGACGUGUUCAUGUAAUGUUUGGCCGCGGACGGAGUGUGGCAAAUAAACUGAAGUGAGUCAUUGUGUUAAUUUGAACAACACACUGCUGAAGUGGGUCACUGUCUUAAUUUAAACAACACACUGCUGAAGUGGGUCAUAGUGUUAACAACACACUGCUGAAGUGGGUCAAUGUGUUAACAACACACUGCUGAAGUGGGUCACAGUGUUAACAACACACUGCUGAAGUGGGUCAAUGUGUUAACUUGAACAACACACUGUAAACAACAGGCAAACAGACUUCAAACCACCACAACAACAAACGGUGGAAGUGACGUAAUACCAUGCGUACUGACAGCCAGAGUUUGUGUAUACAAACAAUCGUGUUUGUGUGUAACAUACCUACAAACCCCGGCCAUCUAAUGUGCUGACCCCAGACGUGUUAAUCACAUCGCCAUCUGCUACACCGUACACAUUGGAUUUGUAUUGUAAUGUAUGAUGUUUGUGGCGCCCUCUACCGUGCUGUACACAACUUGCCCCGGCGCCCCAGGACUUGAAUGCCUGACCAGCGAUGCCGAGUUGGAGGAACUCUCCAAGAAACUGAUGGCCAACUCUGAAGGUCUCAGACUGCAGGUGGUUGAGAAGGACGGCCACUACUUUACCUUAAACAACACCAGACUGCAGGUGUGCCAGUGGCUGGAGACCAGAGGUCACUGCACCACCGUCAGGAUCGAGACGGUACCACUCAAGUCGGUACCAGACGGCAUCAAAAGGAUGAUGGUUGUACCUGCGACAUCCGCCCCACCUGCUCCAGUGACCGAAACUGUCAUGUCCAUCACCUAUGAGCCAAUGGAACGCCGACCCAGGACGGCCAAUGACGACAUGGAGGAUCACAGCGGAAGUGACGACACGGACGGCGGAGACUCAGACAGCUCCUGCGACGAGUUCGAGAUCAGGGACCAGCAGUCAAGGAGGAGGAGGCAAUCGGAGGAGUCGGGGGAGGAAGAGGACACAAGUCUGCUGUAAGGACAUGGGCGUGGCGUGGUGGACAAUGAGAUGGUGGACAUUGUCACGUGACGGUUAGGGGGUGGAGCUGAACAUUUUGGUUGCGAGGACACGAGAUAUUUCUAACAGGAAAGAUACCAGAAUUUCCUUGUAGGAGAAUAUAGACAUGUCAGUAUCAGAAAACAAACCAGAAUUUUUUUACAAGCAGAUCUGUAUU